CUCCCGCCUCGCCCUCCGCCUCCGCCCGCGCCGAGCCAGCGUCCCCGUGUCCUCCGCGAAGCCCCGGAGCCGCCGGCCGCCAGCGCCAGCGCCAGCACCGGCCAGAAGUGAGGAAGUUGACUGGAGUGAAAUGGAGGCCUCAGUAAUACUACCGAUUCUGAAGAAAAAACUCGCCUUCCUUUCAGGAGGAAAGGACAGACGAAGUGGCCUGAUUCUAACAAUUCCAUUAUGCCUUGAACAGACGAAUAUGGACGAGCUCAGUGUCACCUUAGACUACCUCCUCAGCAUUCCAAGUGAAAAAUGUAAGGCUAGAGGAUUUACCGUGAUUGUGGAUGGCAGAAAAUCACAGUGGAAUGUGGUGAAAACAGUAGUCUUAAUGCUACAGAAUGUUGUUCCAGCUGAGGUAUCCCUUGUUUGUGUCGUGAAACCAGAUGAAUUCUGGGAUAAGAAAGUAACACAUUUUUGUUUUUGGAAAGAAAAGGAUAGACUUGGCUUUGAGGUUAUUUUGGUGUCUGCCAAUAAAUUAACUCGUUAUAUAGAGCCAUGCCAGUUAACAGAAGAUUUUGGUGGGAGUCUCACCUAUGAUCACAUGGAUUGGUUAAAUAAGAGACUGGUUUUUGAGAAGUUUACGAAAGAGUCUACAUCAUUAUUAGAUGAACUUGCUUUGAUUAACAAUGGAAGUGAUAAAGGAAAUCAGCAAGAGAAAGAAAGAUCUGUGGACUUAAACUUUCUUCCAUCGGUUGAUCCCGAAACAGUUCUUCAGACAGGGCAUGAAUUAUUAUCCGAAUUACAGCAGCGUCGAUUUAAUGGCUCAGAUGGAGGGGUCUCAUGGUCUCCUAUGGAUGAUGAACUACUCGCACAGCCACAAGUUAUGAAACUGUUAGAUUCACUCCGAGAGCAAUAUACCCGCUACCAGGAGGUUUGCAGGCAGCGUAGUAAGCGCACACAGUUGGAAGAGAUCCAACAGAAAGUGAUGCAGGUCGUGAACUGGCUUGAAGGGCCUGGAUCAGAACAACUCAGAGCCCAGUGGGGGAUUGGCGACUCCAUUAGGGCUUCCCAGGCCCUCCAGCAGAAGCAUGAAGAGAUUGAAAGCCAGCACAGUGAAUGGUUUGCAGUAUAUGUGGAGCUUAAUCAACAAAUUGCAGCACUCUUGAAUGCUGGGGAUGAGGAAGAUCUUGUGGAACUGAAGUCAUUGCAACAACAACUUAGUGAUGUUUGUUAUCGACAGGCCAGUCAGCUGGAAUUUAGGCAAAAUCUGUUACAAGCAGCUCUUGAAUUUCAUGGUGUUGCCCAAGAUUUGUCUCAGCAGUUGGAUGGCUUAUUAGGGAUGUUGUGCGUAGAUGUAGCACCAGCUGAUGGAGCAUCGAUUCAGCAAACUUUAAAACUGCUUGAAGAGAAGCUGAAAAGUGUUGAUGUGGGCUUGCAAGGUUUACGUGAAAAAGGUCAAGGUCUCCUGGAUCAGAUCUCCAAUCAGGCAUCCUGGGCCUAUGGAAAGGAUGUAACCAUUGAAAAUAAAGAAAAUGUGGACCACAUACAAGGAGUGAUGGAAGAUAUGCAGCUUAGGAAACAAAGAUGUGAAGACAUGGUAGAUGUGCGACGGUUAAAGAUGCUCCAGAUGGUGCAGUUAUUUAAAUGUGAAGAAGAUGCUGCCCAGGCUGUAGAAUGGCUCAGUGAACUUCUGGAUGCUCUGCUUAAGACCCACAUCAGAUUGGGUGAUGAUGCUCAGGAAACGAAAGUUUUACUGGAAAAGCAUAGAAAAUUUGUUGAUGUUGCACAGAGCACUUAUGACUAUGGUAGACAGUUGUUACAGGCGACUGUUGUGCUGUGCCAGUCUUUGCGCUGCACUUCUCGGUCCUCAGGGGACACCCUUCCUCGCCUGAACCGAGUGUGGAAACAGUUUACCAUCGCGUCUGAGGAGAGAGUACAUAGGUUGGAAAUGGCUAUUGCAUUUCACUCAAAUGCUGAAAAGAUCUUGCAAGACUGUCCAGAAGAGCCUGAAGCUAUUAAUGAUGAGGAGCAAUUUGAUGAAAUUGAAGCAGUUGGGAAAUCACUUUUGGAUAGAUUAACUGUUCCUGUAGUUUAUCCUGAUGGAACUGAACAAUAUUUUGGGAGUCCAGGUGACAUGGCUUCUACUGCAGAACACAUCAGAGACAGGAUGAAACUAGUUAGUCUGAAAAGGCAGCAGCUGAGACAUCCUGAAAUGGUGACCACAGAGAGCUAAUAGCCACCAGCUUCCUGCAGAGCUGCAGUUCAUAUUCCCGCAUGUCGUCAGCAUACUCCGCAUUAGCCACAGUACAUUACCAUGCAUUUCACAGCAGGAUAAGCCUCGUUUCUUCCCAUGACACACUGCUCUACAUGCUAACACCUUGCAGCCACCAAGGCAUAAUUACUUAACAUGCUUUGAGACCAUAGACUCCAAGUAUCUUAAAAGGAACUAUAAACAUUGCACUGAAAACUAGCUUUAAAGCUUUACCCGACCUUUCAGUUUGUAGAUGAACAACUGAUAAUAAGCUUUGAAUGGUGCUAAUAAGAGUUUAGAAAUUCUAUUAAAAAAAUGGUUACCCUUCCUCCCCAGGUGGUGUAGUGAAUUUAGACUGUGGUUAAACUGUUACUGCUAGCCAGUGGUGUCCUCAGAAUUUUGGUUUGUAAUUCUUCAAAUCUGAUUAUUUUUGUUGUGUCAAUAUGGAGAAAACCCUUCAUAUCUUUGAUAUAUCAUAUUCAUUAAAAGACAUUUCCUAUUUGUAUUGAUAAUGUAUUAAAAGUUGUGUUUAAUAAAAAGGCUUCUUUAAACAUCUUAUUUAAUUUGAUAGUUGUAUCCUAUUUCCAAAUAUGAGUGCCUUAUUUAAAAGGGCAUUCUUAGAAUUGUGAGGAUGGUUUAAUAUUUGUUUUUUCAUGGUGAUUGCAUGUAUUUUAGCCAGGAAAUUUAUAUGUAAGCACGUGUAUAUAAUAAAUAAGCAUGUUUUAUCAUGAAAAAUAAUUGUGAAAAACAAUUUAGAUCUUUUAAGAACUUAUUGGAGUCCUGAUUUUUCUCUUCUUCAACUUGAAAAAUGUUAUUCAAAUUACUAACUGCCCACAAUAUCCUUUGUCUUUGGGGAGGAGGUCUGAGGCAGAAGUCAGACAUGAUUACCCAGUGUCAUCCUUUGUAUCAGAGUUAGAAAGCAACUGUUAAUAAAGAAUUUCUCUUGAUAGUCUAGAAGCAAAACAAAUUCUGAAAUAGAAUAAUAACAAGAGCUGUACACUCCUUUAGAAAUAAAAUUAAUCAAAAAUGUUAGUGCUUUAUGUUUAUAUUACGUUUACAAGGUGAAAUGCAUAUAAUUUAAUAUUUGUGUUAAUUUUUAUUUCAGAAAAAGUUUUUUAAAGAUUAAAAGUCAUUUUUAGGCUUUUAAUCAAUACAGAAUGAUGCAAAAAAUUGUAUACUGGCUCCUUUUUGUGGUCUACAAAUGGGCUCAUGUAUCCGCCAGAGCAAAAAACCUCCUCUGCUGGUUCUACCAGCCUUUUCCACUGCCAGAUUUCAUGGAGAAUUCUCUCCUGGCCCUGUUGCCCUAUGUCCUCGUCACUCGCCACUCAGCACCUUGUAGUCUAGUUUGGCGCAGCAUGUAAUAAAACUGUUCUUUUGAAAGUCAACAACCACCACAUGAAUGCUCUCUUCUCAGCCUGCACUCUUACCUAUCUCACCUUCUCUUUACCAUUUGUACCCGACACUGUCUCUUCCCUGGAAAAUGCUAAUGCCUGUCAUAAUCUGGAGUGGCCUCGCAAACCCUUCUUUGACAUGUGUGUACUCCCAGCAUCUGUCCUCGGAACGCUCUGGCUCUGCUGUAGCUGAAUCAACCUUAGGGUUUCUGUUCUGUCCCAGUGUCCUGCAUUACAUGCCUGGACCUGUGCUUCAGCUGUCUGCUUGGCAUCUCAGCCAAGGAUCUGUCACCCUCAUGUCCUGGACGGUGCAGCCAUUUUUCCUGGUGAAACAGGCCAGAUCUCAGCUGCUCCCUGCUGUCUUGUGCCACCACUGCUUCUGAGAGCAUCCGAGGAGUUCUUUUCUAUACUUGAUAAUCCUCUUCUAGGGCUCUACUCCUGUAAGCGUGAACUUCUGUGAUUUUUCAUUUCAGUCUUCAUGAUGGUGCUUGACCACAUUCUACAAGUAUUUAAAUCUAUACCUGCUACUCUGUAAGCUCUCUGGGGGGAAGGCAUCUUGUCCUACAUUUUUUUUUUUUUUUUUGACAGGCAGAGUUAGAGAGAAAAAGGUCUUCCUUCCAUUGGUUCACCCCCCAAAUGGCCGCUGCGGCGGGCGCACUGUGCCAGUCCGAAGCCAAGAGCCAGGUGCUUCCUCCUGGUCUCCCAUGUGGGUGCGGGGCCCAGGCACUGGGGCCAUCCUCUGCUGCACUCCCAGGCCACAGUAGAGAGCUGACUGGAAGAGGAGCAACUGGAACUAGAACCCGAGGUGCCGGCGCUGCAGGUGGAGGAUUAGCCUAGAGAGCCACGGCGCUAGCCAUCUUGUGCUACUUCUGGUCCUGGUCUGCCCAUGCCCACUAGAUGCUCAGUUCUCUUAGUAAUAAUACUUGUAGUGCUGUCUGAUGUGUGUUUUAAGCAUUUAUUUCCUACAGUUAAGACUGACUUGUGAAUAAAUGUUCUUAUAGGGAAGUCAUGUGAUAUUUUAGCUAAGUUAGCUAAUUUAGAUAUUUAGUUAAUAUACUCAGUAUCUAUUCUACUGACUCAGAGCAGUCAAACUUUUUACUAUGACUGCUAAAAGAGGAACAAUUUGUCAGUAUUUAUACCAUCAACUCAUAGACUCAUAAUUACCAAGUGAAUUCAUUUUUGUAUAACAGCUGUCUUGCCUGCAAAAAGUAAAAUAAGGCAGGGUAUGGAAAUGUUACUUGUAAUUUGAGUAUUUCACAUGAAGUCAAAUAUGCUUUCAACAUAAUACUGUUCUUCAUUUGUGAAUUUUGCUACUAUUUUUUAUAUGUGUAUCUAUAUACACAUAUUUGCGAAAGAAAACCCAACAGUGCCCCCCAAUGUGACUUUUUUAUAUAGGGUCAUAGUUUACUUAGAGUACAUGGAAGUGACUGCAGUCUGUUGGAAAUCACAAGCAACUUGUAUGUCACAAAUUGUCAUUGGCCUUCAAGUGCAACAGAGAGCUGCUCGCUUCUGAGUGGUAUAUGCCCCAACCUGCCACGUUACUUUAGCUAUCUCAGGGAAUUAGUGGAAGGUUAGCUGAGCUAGUUUUGGUUUUUUGGUCUGAGGGAUUUUUCCCCUUUUAGCCUUUUACUGUAUAUUUGCUUUUGUGUGAGUUCAAUAUAUAAUGGCAAUUUUGGCAUCUGUCUUCAUGUCUAACCUGGUAGAGUUGUGACUUAAAGAGGAUCACUUCAUUCUAGAUCAAAGAGGCCUUGUUCCGUGUCCUUAUUGUCAGUGACCUCCUCCUGUUAGGGUGACUCAUGGUGAUAUUGAUUUAACUGCUUAUCCUGCCAGCAAGGUUACUGAUGGUAGCUCCAGGCUGCAUUACUUGAUAGAAAAUUGUAUUCAAAGUGGCUAUUGCUUGUGUUACUCCUUUUAGUGUGUUUGCUGUUGCAUUACUUCGUCAGCUGUGGUAUGGAAGGCCAUUUAGUUUAUUACUUGUGUCAUACUCCUUAAUAGGAACAUGACAAGUUACUCUGAUAAUGCUAAGCAACUCAAAGCCUGUGAUCUAAACACAUCCUACUCAAAGGAGUAUGACUGUGAGUUAGCUGAAUCUCAUUGUGCAAUACCCAUUUGAAGAAUUUGGAGUUCUCUACAAUGCCCUGUGUUACUUGCCAGUUUGUGCUUUUGUCCUCACAUCCUACCCAAACUACACAAGACCACAGUAAAACAAUAUGGCUGCUGAAAAUAGAAUAUACUGUGAUGGCUAAAGUCCUCCACAACUUGAGCUUGUACUGAAUGCUACAGGCAAACACCAACAAAGAUAUCACCAUCAAUUACAAGAUUUGCAUGAUUAAGAUCUUUACCUAAGCUCAUGAAAAGUUCUCUAGGAUUAAAAAGAUGAACUGGACCACAGCUGAAUAGUUAACCUCAUUAGUAAAGUUACCACUGUUAACUUUGAUUCUGAGAAAAAAAAGAAACGCACAGAAGCUUCAACUGGGAGUAGAAAGAGCACUGCUGGUUGAUACGUAGACCAAGAAAUAGCUUGAGGAGGCAAAAUGAAGUGGUUUCAACAUUUGAUAUUGUUUGACUUCCAUGUGUGUGACAGAAAAGUCUAGGUUUAGCUAAGAAGCAUAAAUACUGGCAUGAAUUAUAAAGAAAUCAUAAAAGCUAUAAAAAGAACUGUAGUGAACAUAAUGGAAAGAGUUUGAAUAGUUGGCUUCAAAAUCUGGCUUUGCCAUUUACUGUGACCUUGGGGGUAGGAGAUAGUGAAUUUUUCUGGGACUAUAAAAUGGGGAAAUCAUCAGAUUUCAAGGAUGAAAUAUAAUCUUGUAAAAUGUUAAAAAUCAAAACGCACAAAUGGAAGGUGUCAUCAUUUGUUCAGAAUAGAAAAUGGUCUUUGAUCCUUCCCUUGGUUCAGAUGUUAAGGUUGGGUUGGUGGGAGGAAUAGCAUGGGGUUUAUGUCUACCUGCCUGAGCUCUUGUCUCCUCUCCCUACUUCCAAUGCAGUUGUGUGCAAGAAAAACGUGCCUUCAGAACUACAGAUCUAAACUACAAAGUGGGGAGUAGGAGAGCCCAUCAGUUAAUUAGCAAGACUUUUAAACUGAUAGAUGUGCCGUUUUAUGGGAAGAUGAUAAACCAGCAAGGUAGAAGACCCUAUUUUGAGGUUGACACAAUGACACUAAUAAACACAAGUAAUAGAGAACCAUACUCUGUAUAAGUGAGCACCAACCCUUAGAAACAUCAAGGGCAUAAAUCCAUCAUGAUAUUUAGAGUAUCCCAAUGAUGAGGUAUAAAAGGGUGGCGGGGGGUGGGGAGCAUUGAGAUCAUCACUAACCCAGUUAUUAUUGAGAAGAGCAGUCCUGACAAGGUUGGCAGUGGUGAUCAACAGAAAAAGCCUGGUUCUGUAAUGGAGUAUAAGGAACUAACGAUGCCCCACAAAUGUAGGGGAGGCUUUAUACCUGAAAGGUUCAUGGGUGUGGUGCUGGUUAUGACAAUACCACUGCGAUAUUUUUAAAGCAAACUUGAAAGCUUAAGGAUAAACACUAGUCCUUGUGCUUCAGGGAAGAGCAGAACCUGUACUAGAACAUGAAGAACUUGGAGAUCAAAAGAAAGCUGGAACUAUGACUAAAUAUUUUAAGAGCAGUGAGUAAAUUUUUCUCAAGAUUAUUUUUGUGAGAACUUUAUAAGGCAGUAUGUAAUGGCUGUAUGUAGUUAUACAGGAAUGCUUAGCACACAACUGAAGAUAGUUACCAACAGCUAGCUGUUGAGAACAGUAUUACUAAGGAUGUAAAUCACUCCUGGAAAACUGUCCAACAGAAGGGCUUUUGAGCUAUGACAGUAGUUCCUAGUGAAUCUCUAACACCUGAGAAGUAUUUACAAGUUCAGUACCACGUCUUCAAGGGGUCCAUAUAUUUCUUCUCAGAGAGAGAGGAGGGUGAAGUCGAUGCCAUUCUACUCAGAACACAGGGCCCAUUCUGUAUGUGUGGUUAAGCCUCACCUCUUUCGUAGUUGCCAUGAUUAGUUUCAAAGUUGGAGUAAAAGUUUCUGUGCUUGAUUUCUCUGUUAGGAAUGUUUCUUCAUCUUAGCUUUUAUGUAAGAAUAUUUCUUCUAAUUAUCUUUUAUGUUAGUCUGGUGAACAGAUUUGCUCAGAUUAUAUCAAUUUAUAUUUUUUUAAAAUAGUAUUGAAAUACCACUUUGGCCAUUUUGAACUAGAGUAGUUCUGAAAAUUGAUUACCCACCUCACAUUCAGGAUUAUCCUUUCACAAAACCUUAAGGAACUGAAGCCUGUAAAUUAACAGUUACCAGAAGAGUAUGAUUUCUUUUCUGUCAUGAGAUCAGUAAUGCAGUUGUCAACAACAUUAUUUGGUAAAUGUUGCACUCUGGGUUUUUUCCCAACAUUUUUUUUUUAACUUUUUCAAAUGUGUAGUUAAAACAGUUCUAUACUGUACUCACUACCUAGAUGCUAGCAAGUGUUAAGUAGGCUUUCUGUGUCAUCCGUCAGUACAGAUCAUUUUCAUGCAUUUUAAAUUGCAGACAUUGUACAUUUCCUGCUAUAAAUACUAGAACAUACUCAUCAACUAGUGUUCAAUAGUUGCUUGCAUUUUUCUAUUGACAUAAAAUCAUACAGUGAAAUGCAUAAAAUUUCACAUGCCUUUUAUGAAUUUUGGCAAAUGCUACAGUGCUAUCAAAUUGUAGAACAUUAUCACUACCUUGGAAGCAACCACAGGGUCCUUUCCAGUCAAUCGUUCCCCUAUGCAACAACCCUCAAAGGCAACCACUGGCCUUUUUUCCUCAUAAUUUAGAUUUUCUGUUUUAGAGUUCUGCAUAAAUAGAAUCAUGUAGGAUGUACUCUUUGCUACCAGGAUUUCUUACCACCAUAGUGUCCGCAGAGAUUUAUCCACGUUGGGUGUAUUAGUAACUCAGUUCUUUUUAUUGCUUAGUCUUGUUGCAUUGUAUACUGCAGUUUGUGUAUCUAGUUUCCUGUUGAAUAUCUAGGCUAUUUCCAGGAAUGACAAUUAUAAAUAAGGCUGCUGUGAUCAUUCUUAUUUAAUGUCUAUGUGGACAUAGGUUUUCAUUUCUCUUGGGUAAAUACCUAGGAUUAGAAUUGCUGGGUCAUAGGGUAGUUUUGGAAGAAACUGCCAUACUUUUUUCCAAUGGAGUUCUGUGUGCUGGAUUUUAUAUUUUGGAUGUGUAGAAAGGUGUAAACUAUUUUUAUGAUCCAUAUUGAAAUUGUAGGGUUUGGGGUAGAAAUGACAUUGUGCAUGGUUGAGAAUGAGUGUCGGUUGAGAGACACAAAGACCUGUCUGCUUAAAAGAGCUCCUCAGGGAGUUCCUAUGCCUGAAGACUGACAGUUCAUUCGUUGAAAGCUCAAAGCCCAAGCAUGGUGAUAUAUUAGCUAGAAGAAACAGCAGUGGUUUAUCUGUUACUAACUCUUGCCACCCAUUUUUGGUAGGUAAAAUAAAACUGAUCAUUGAACAGAAAAGACUUACUUUGUGGUGGGGGUAGAAAAGAUAGCAAAACACGUGCAUUACUAAUCAGUUCUGGAUACAGCAAUGUGAGAACCACCUGUUGCAGGGAUGUCUCCUAAGGGUGGAUAAAGAAGCAGAACCCGGGGUGGGAAGAGUUCUACCUCACAGUUUUGCAUAGGGAGUAGCUAUGCUUUCGUGGGACAUUUUAGCCUUUAAAAUCAUGUUUUCAUUCUUACCUUUUAACUCAGCUCCGCCUAGCUGUAGUAUUUUUAUGCUCUGGUGACUUUCUUAUCCACUGUUUGAUCCUUCCCACCUGUUCUGUUCCAUGGAGCAUUCACCUGUGUUAGACUGUAAACUGAUAAUCUUCUGUACGUUUCCAGUGCUCAUGUUCAGAGAUACCUAUGUAUGGAUCAUAUGAUCUCUCCUAUUAGAUUUUUAAGGGCUGGGGAAUUUGACCUCUACUGUAAAUCCUUAUGAUGUUCCACACCUUGUAAAUAUGCAAUAAAAUGUUAAAACUG